CAAGAAACCUUCACUCGCAAGUUUAUUAAGAAAAUUAUGCGCAGUUCUUUAUAUAUAGCAGAAUGUUGAUACAAAGUACUUUCCGAGGCUGUUCUGUUUGUCGUAUGCAGCCUGUAUUGCUACAACGAAUCAAUGUACGGGGAGUGCGGAUAUAGUACCUUUGGGUAUUUAGUAUUCUUUUACUGGGCAUAAGAACACGAAAUUAUUUAGCAGAAGUUUAUAAAGCAUCAUAAUGCCUACAUAGCUUUCGUCAUUUUCAAACAUUAUGCUUCUUUUUUGUGCAGCAAAGGCUGCUAGCGUAGAGAAAUGCUUAAUUUCGCGUGAGCUCAUUAUUAGGUUGUGAGUGGUGUUGUCUACGAAUGCGAAAAAUUCUAUCCUGUUUCACACCCGUUUUUAGGACCAUAUAUCAUUUUUUUACCUCUCACUUUGUGAUAUUCUGAGACAUGACCAAAGAAACAAAGUUUACAGGAUAUAAAAAGAAAAAAUCUGUCCACUGGGUCGACUCUUUAUCCUGUUCGUCUCAACACAUGAAGUUCUUCUUGCUCGCCAUCAAGAUCAACGACGAUCUCCGAACUCGAAUUUGUGCUGCGAUCAAAAAAGAAGGCCAUCUUGCGAUUGAAUGUUGCGACGAUGCUGACUAUAUUGUGACAUCGUUGAGGAGUCCUGAACGGAUUGCACGUCAUGUCAAGCACACAAUCCCGGUUGUACACAUGGAUUGGAUUUUAAAAGAAACAAUGCAGCAAAAUGAAUUGGCGAAGCACAUUAUCAAUAUCCAUAUCAAAAAGCGUAAAAUCAAAGAAGAAGAAGAAGACGGCCAAGACGAUAAGAUCAGGGCACAGAAAGAACAAAAACAGGAACAGCCGCCCAACAAGAAGCAUUCAGAUACUAUCGAGUUAUCAUCGUCUGAAGACGAAGAAGAAGGACAACCAGCGUCGACUACAUCGGCAGAAACCAUUCCUCGACAAGUCAGAUCGUGGGAUAUGCUGCAAGAUACCUACUCCAAACACGGAUGCAAAAUCACUCCACGUAUGGUCGUUACAGGACAUCGACCUCCUCCUAAGCUGAUUAAAGGAGAAAGUUACCAGACAACCACGACGAAUGCAUCCACCUCGCAAGAGAAUUGGUCUGACUUCAAUUUCACAACCGACGGAGAUACCACAGAUGGUGAAGACGAUAAUGACGGUGACAACAGCAAUAGCAGUGUAUCGGUAGUUGCCGAUGAUGAUUACGCCGAAAAGCUUGGUGUGUAUGCCUGCCAACGGCCAUGUGAUUGGAAUCCUUUCAAUAAAGGUAUUGUUGAGAUACUCGAGUUCUUGGAAUAUGCUCGAGAAUUACAAGGUGACAAGAUGAAUAGUCGCAGUUAUCGGAUUGCAGCUAGUGUAAUCCGGGCACAUCCUAAAAAGAUCAAGUCUGCAAAGCAAGCAAAAAAGUUACCUGGAAUUGGCGAGAAAACGGGCCGAAUAAUUAGCGAUUUUUUACGUAACGGAUCUGUGCAGGAUGUCGAGCUGUUGAAAGCAGAUCCUGAAUUCCAAGUUCUUGAAACUUUUUAUAACGUUCAUGGUGCUGGAUCGUAUACUGCGCGUGAAUGGUAUCGAAAAGGUCAUCGGACGCUAAGUGAUGUGCUGGCACAUGAAAAGCUAUCGCGGGACCAAGAGAUUGGUAUCAGAUACUAUCACGAUUUCAAGAAGAAAAUCCCACGUGCAGAGGUUGAAAAAAUUGCACGAACAAUAUCCGAGAUUCUCAAAGAACAUUUUUAUGGUGCGACAUUGACUGUGUGCGGAAGCUACCGGCGCGGCAAACCUGAGUCCGGCGAUGUGGAUAUCAUCAUGACGCACAAAGAAAACCCAGUGUCGUCAAUGCUACUAGUUGGUCUAUUGGAAAUAUUGAAGUCGAAGAAUUUGCUGGUGGAAAUAAUCAGCAUGGGAUCUGACUGUCAGCUCCGUGACGGUGACGACGAACAUUUACGAUCUGAUCAAGCGCUAUGCAUCUGGCGACAACCGGGAAGCUCCAUCUGUCGUCGUGUCGACUUUGUUGUCUCCCCUUACGAAAACUAUCCUGUUGCAGUGUUGGCCUGGACGGGCUCCAGUCAUUUCGAGCGAAGCAUUCGGCUUUAUGCCAAGAAAGUCAUGGAUAUUAAGGUGACAUCGCAUGGAUUGUAUUCGCGUGCUACGGAAAAACGAUUGUCAGUGGAAAGCGAACAGCAUGCGUUUGAAAUACUCAAUUUGAAAUGGCUCGAGCCAACUCAACGCAAUUGUUGAAAGCAACCAGCAGAAACCUCCUCCCCCCUUUCAGACCCUAAGCGCUCUGUUUAUACAGAAAGCUCUAAUUGCUUGUAUACCCUUCUUUCUUUCCCCAUUUCCUCAAACAUAUUUGUACUAUUGCUACUUCUCCAUCGGCUGCUCUCGCCGAUCUAAUUUUCCCUUAUUCAAAUAGCUUUAAUUUUCUAUACACACUUUUCGCGAUCACUCAUGAAAUGAUUACUAAGCAAUUUUUUCUGCCACUCCUCUAACUUACGCUAGUCAAUUUUUGCG